AUGGACAACAUCUCGGAGAUUCUACAGACCAUUCAAAUUGGUGCAGUCGUUGCAACUUUCCUUUUCAACACUGGACGUAUUAUAAAAGCAGUACACUUCUUUAACGAAUGUUUGGUGCUCCUUAAAGGUAAAGCCCUAGAGACAAUCAGAGAACUUACCACACCACUUCUUAUCUAUAUAUACCGUAAACUUCUUGAUGGCUAUACUCGUAUGUACGAUCACACCCGUGCGAUAGAAUGUGGUAAAAAGCUUCUAGUGAAACUACACAAUAGUGGCCAAAAAGAAGUAGAAGGAAUGACAUUACUUAAACUAGCGAACAUCUACUAUCAAAGAAGCAAAUACGAGGAAGCAAAACAGUUUAACGAAAAGGCACUCAGCAUCAUGAUUGAGGCUGGAAAUAAUCGCAGGGUUGGAACAUGUUACGGAAAUCUAGGAACUGUGUUUCUUUCUGUCUGUCAAUAUACCAAGGCUGAAGAAUACCUUCAAAAAGCACUAGUGAUCAGGAAAGAAAUCGGUGACAAACAAGGAGAAGCAUCUGCUUACGGAAAUCUAGCAAGUGUGUUUGAAGCUGUUGGUCAAUAUACCAAGGCUGAAGAAUACCUCCAAAGAGCACUAGUCAUCAGGAAAGAAAUCGGUGACAAACAAGGAGAAGCAGCAGAUUACGGGAAUCUAGGAACUGUGUUUCUUUCGGUUGGUCAAUAUACCAAGGCUGAAGAAUUCCUUCAAAAAGCACUAGUGAUCAGCAAAGAAAUCGGUGACAAACAAGGAGAAGCACCUGCUUACGGAAAUCUAGGAAGUGUGUUUGAAGCUGUUGGUCAAUAUACCAAGGCUGAAGAAUACCUUCAAAAAGCACUAGUGAUCUGGAACGAAAUCGGUGACAAACAAGGAGAAGCAUCUGCUUACGGAAAUCUAGGAAGUGUGUUUCAAUCUGUUGGUCAAUAUACCAAGGCUGAAGAAUACCUUCAGAAAGCACUAGUGAUCAGGAAAGAAAUCGGUGACAAAAAAGGAGAAGCAUCUGCUUACGGAAAUCUAGGAAAUGUGUUUCGAUCUGUUGGUCAAUAUACCAAGGCUGAAGAAUACCUUCAGAAAGCACUAGUGAUCAGGAAAGAAAUCGGUGACAAAAAAGGGGAAGCAGCAGAUUACGGAAAUCUAGGAAAAGUGUUUCAAUCUGUCGGUCAAUAUACCAAGGCUGAAGAAUACCUUAAAAAAGCACUAGUGAUCAGUAAAGAAAUCGGUGACAAAAACGGAGAAGCAUCUGCUUACGGAAAUCUAGGAAGGGUGUUUCAAUCUGUUGGUCAACAUACCAAGGCUGAAGAAUACCUUCAAAAAGCACUAGUGAUCAGUAAAGAAAUCGGUGACAAACAAGGAGAAGCAGCAGAUUACGGAAAUCUAGGAGCUGUGUUUCUUUCUGUUGGUCAAUAUACCAAGGCUGAAGAAUACCUUCAAAAAGCACUAGUGAUCAGUAAAGAAAUCGGUGACAAACAAGGAGAAGCAGCAGAUUACGGAAAUCUAGGAACUGUGUUUCGAUCUGUUGGUCAAUAUACCAAGGCUGAAGAAUACCUUCAAAAAGCACUAGUGAUCAAACAAGAAAUCGGAGACAAAGCUGGUGUUGGAGCUUCAUACUUAAUUCUGGGAAAACUUUGUGCAGAAUUUCAACUUACUGCAAAGAGUCAAGAAUUUGCAAAUAAAGCACUUGAGAUAAGUUACGAAAUAGGGGACAUUGAAGUGCAGUUUAACAGCCAUCUUAUCCUUGCUGUGAACGAGUUAGUGGCAGGAGGAAGCAUAACUGAACUUCUGCGAAAUCUGCAUGAAAGCAUUCAGAAGUGCGAAGAAAUGCAUGAUUUUUUUAGAGUGAAAGAUCAAUUCAAAAUUUCUUUUUUUGAUGAGCAUGUGUCCCCUUACCUUCUUCUUUGUAAGUUGUUAAUUGCUACAGGCAGUUAUUAUGAAGCUCUUUACGUUGCCGAGCUUGGACGAUCCAGAGCACUGACAGACGUACUUUCAGAUAACUACUCUGUGGAAAAAGGGGUAUCAGUCAACCCACAGUCAUGGAUUGGUAUUGAGAACAUCAUGAACAAAAAUGGACUUAGUUCUUGUCUUUAUGUUUCCCGCUUUGAUCAUAAUAUGUACUUUUGGAUCCUCAAGCCAAACAAAGUUAUAGUUUUUCGACAAACGAGACUCAAAGAAAGUGCAGAAAUUGGAAAUCAGACAUUUGGUGGCUCUCUUGACUUACGUCAAGACCAAUGCGAAGAUCGAUCAUUAUUUUCAUGUCUAAGUUCCCCGCUAUCGUGCAAACAAUCUCAGAUUGACAGCUUCGAAUCUUUGCGUCUUAUCGAAGAAGAGGAAGACGAAAAUCACGACUCUAAACCUUUAACCCUUGCCGAUGGUUACAACAUGAUAGUCGCUCCAGUAGCUGACUUACUCCAAGAAUCAGAAAUCAUUAUUAUACCGGAUAACUUGUUGUAUCCAAUUCCUUUUGCUGCUUUAAUGGAUGAUAAUGGAAAGUAUUUAUCGGAUACUUUCAGGAUUCGUAUUGUCCCUUCCUUAACGACUCUUAAGCUGAUUCAGCUAAGUCCAGCAGACUACCAUAGUAAAACAGGUGCACUGAUCGUAGGGGAGCCAGACGUUAGUGAUGUAUACUACCAAGGAAAAAUUCUACAGUUAAACCCACUGCCUUGGGCGAGAAAGGAAGCCGAGAUGAUUGGACGACUACUCGGUGUUCAACCGUUGCUUGGAAAGGAUGCAACUAAGCAGGCGGUCCUGGAAAGCAUGCACUCAGUAAGUCUCAUCCACUUCGCUGCUCAUGGUUAUGCCGAACGUGGACAAAUAGCUCUUUCCCCUAUAAGCUCCUGCGGAACUCCACUCGAAGAAGACUACUUAUUAACAAUGGCUGAAAUUUCACAAGUUCGACUAACAGCCAAGCUGGUUGUCCUUAGCUGCUGUCAUAGUGCAAGUGGUCAGAUUAGAGCUGAGGGAAUUGUUGGAAUCGCUCGAGCAUUUCUAGCAUCGGGUGCACGCGCCGUGCUGGCAGCGCUGUGGGCUGUAGAUGACAAAGCCACCAUGUGGUUUAUGAGUCAUUUCUACGAGCACCUUGUUCAGGGUGAAAGUGCCAGUGAAUCUCUUCAUCAGGCCAUGAAGUCGAUGAGAGAGACCCGUUUUUCUGACAUCAUGCAGUGGGCACCCUUUAUGCUGAUUGGAGAUAAUGUGACAUUCAAAGGUUUGUAUUUGAUAUCAUUUUUAGGUUUUUUAGUUAUCUUAGUCAAAAUUUGUGAAAUUUAUGUUCGUGACACUACGCAUCAUUUUGGAAAAUAUUAUUAAGGGAGUUAUACUGAGUUUUCUUAGUUUUUUUGUUUAUUGUCUUUUUCAACCCUGUUCAUGGAAGUGAGGCAACUGGAGAGAAGGCCGAACUUAAUUAUUUUCCGAUUUUUAUGGAAUAUUUCGUAAAGCAUGCUAGAAUCUCUAACUAACUAAAAUGAAAAUGUAGAAAACGAUAGUUGAGUCUUGUUAAUAUAUUUAGUUAUUAAUGUACUGUAAAAUUCCGAAAAUAUACCCUGGGGCUUAUAUUUUUCAAAGGCCCUUUUGAGGGGCUUAGUUCUUUGUGUCGGAACAAUAGGUAUGCGGUGCAAAUAUUAUACGAAUCACAUUUAAGCUGAAAGUGAUACAAUAUGACUUUACUGAAUUUUUAGCAUAUAAAUGAUCCCUCAAAAUGUAAAGGUUUUGUUAUUUGUUUGACUUUGAAGAAAUCUGUCCCAGAUAUUUAGGUAAAGCAUUUAGCGCAAGGAGCAACAGAAGCAUGUUGAUCGAUGGCUAGAAUAAAUCGUGCAAAGAAUACAUACGAAAGGGAACCGUCAUGAUUAGUUUUUUAUUUGUAUUGUAGGUGCAUUUGAUAAGAGCAGUUUGAAAGAUGGCGAAGGUGCAACGGAAACAAAGAACUUGUAA